AUGACAAAUCAGUUAAGAUUUGGCGAACUAGUGAUUGGAAAUUGGUCACCAGAAGGUUCUCAUCUAGCAAUUCCUAAUGCUUGUCAGGGGUCUGUGCCUGUUGCAAUAGCUCUCCGUAGAGAUGAAUGGAAAAUCGAUGUUUCAAUGAUUGGCCACGAAUCUCCAACAGAAGUUGUUUGUUUUAGUCCAAUUCUUUAUCAUAUUCGAGAUCAAGAUCGUGGAACCAUUGUUGGUGGUGUUUGUGCAAUUGGAAGUCAAGAUCAUGGUGUAUCCAUUUGGGCAACAUCUUCUUCUCACCCAUUAUUAGUCUUUAAACAAUUAUUCACACAUUGUAUCUUAGAUUUAUCGUGGUCACCUGAUGGAAGAUUUCUUUUUGCUUGUUCAUAUGAUGGAACUGCCACAAUACUGGAAUUUAAAAAAAAUCAAUUUGGUGAACCAUUGAAACCUGAAGAACAAGAAAGAAUUUUAUCGAAACAUGGUUACAAACCAAAAGAACCAGUAAUUAUUGAAAAUACUACUCAACUUGCUAUGGAAGAAGAGAAUGCAAUAUCAAAAAAAAUAAUUUCCUCUUCUAGAAUAGCAGCUUUAAUGGGUGGUGAUCAAAUCUUAUCACAAUCUACUCUAUCGUCACAAACAUCGCAUAUGUCAGAUUUAUCAUCACAUAAACCAACUACAACAAUACUCCAACAAAACCAACUACCAUCUUCCUCCUCCUCUUCUUCUCCGUCAUCAUCAUCACCUUCUCCGCAUACAGAAUUAGAAAUUGAUCACAUGAAUGACGAAAAUAACAGUACCCAACAAACUGAUAAAGCUUCACAAAUGCAAAUCUCAAAUGAUUCUUCUUCUGCUCAAUCUUCUAAUCAAGUGGCAACAGCAACAAUAAUACCUCCUUCUUCUUCUUCCAAUAAUAUCACCACAACUAAACCUGUAAAUCAGAUCCAACAACACAUUACGAUUACAAAAGAUGGUAAAAAACGUAUUCAACCCAAUUUUUUAAGAAGUACAAGCUCUUACACAGGUCCUUCACCAUUCUUUAGUACCUCGUCUUCUUCAUUUUCGGAAGUUACUACGAACAUUAAUAUUUCAUCAACAUCAUCAAAUAAUUUCAAUCCGCUAACAAAUCCCGAUAUUGAUCCACCAAAUCGUGAAAUAAGUAUGGAAACUCUACCGCUUGUUUUCAUAGGAACUAAAAGAAAAGAAUCUGCAAUUUCAGAUUCUAGUAAUAAUACAGCCAAUGCCAAUGCUUCACCGAACAAAAGGCCAGCAUUACUUCCUGCUGCUGGUGGUAGUGGUAAAGUGAAUGGUGAAAUACAAAAUCUAUCAACAACAAUAACAUCAUCACCAUCAAGACUAAAUAACAAUAAUACAAGGCCAUCAAUGAUAACUCCAUCAGUUGUCACGUCACAAGUUCGAUUGUCUUCUCAUAAAGUCAAAGAUUAUCUUUCCAAAGAUUUAUCUGAAUUUAAAGCUCUUAAAGUUGAAUGUCAUAAUAACCAUCAAGGUCUUUCAAGAAUCGUUUGUUCUCUUAAUAAAAUAAAUCUUUGGAGUGAUAUUGUUCCAAAUGCAGUAACGCUAAUUGCUGGUAAUGAUAAGUAUGUUGCUAUUGGAUGUGAAAAUGCUAGUGUUAUAAUAUAUGAUCACAGUGGUUUAAGAUUACUACCUAAUAUCAGACUUGACUCAGCUGCAUCAUAUAUAUUGAUGUCAAGAGAAUAUUUAUUAUGUUUAUCUCAAACUGGAAUAGUUAAUGUUUGGAAAUUACCAAAAUUAGAGUCAGUAGUAUCAUCUGUUUCUAUAACGCCUAUUAUUCAACCAUCCAGUUUAUCAUCAGCAGAUUUUCAUUAUGCAUCGAUUGAAAGAGUAUUUAUCAGACCUAAUGGGGUACCAAUACUAAUGACUGAUACUAACGAAGCAUGGUGUUAUCACCUUAGUGCAAAAGCAUGGAUACAGAUUUAUGAUCCACGCUACUCAUCAAAAGAAAUGAAAACUUCCACAGAAGGGUACGGUAAUGAUCCAAGGAGAAUAUUGAAUUCAAUAGAACAAAUUGCGAGAAAUAAAGGUGGUAAUUAUGGUACAUUGUCGUAUUUGGCUCAGGGUGAAAGUAAACUUGGACAUUUGUAUAAUCAAUUGCUGGCGGCUGAAUUGGUUAAUUCACCUAACGAAUAUAAGAAAAUUUUGUUAAAUUAUGCUCAAGCGUUGGCUGAUGUUGGCAACGAAGAGAGGAUAAAUAUACUCUGCUCAAGACUUUUAGGCCCAUUAGAUAAUGUUGGUGCAAACAGUGCAAACAGUGCAAAUUGGGAUCCUUUUGUAGCAGGGAUGUCCAAACAUGAAUUAUUAAAAGAUGUAUUGGCUAUUUUAUCCACUAAUCGAUCUCUACAAAAAAUCAUUCAAGAAUAUUCUCAGACACUAUUCAGAUUUACAAAUGGAGAUUAG